GUGGUCAGGACUCGAAUGCAAAUAUACAGAACAGCACACUGCAUAACAGUAUUAUACAAAGACCGGCUAAUAACUGAAGAUGUGAAGACGACAGCGGGUGAGACCCAAAAAUGGCCGAUCACCACAUAUGGCAAGCGUGGCAUUUUCUUAAGAAAGCUGGGAUUGUCACGUGAUUGCAGCCUACUUCGGGUCGCCAUCAUGCACUCAUUACGGCAAGCGUGUGCGGGAUUUGUGAGGGCAUCAAAAUGUGCCCUCGCAUCUCAAGUACCUACACAGACAGCAGCAAGAGCUUUACCAGCAUAUUUCAACAAUCGUCAUUAUGCAGCAGAGGCACCAAAAGCAAACCCUGCCCUAGGUGCUGGACGUAUUGUAGCUGUCAUUGGUGCUGUAGUUGAUGUCCAGUUUGAUGAUAAUCUUCCACCAAUCCUCAAUGCCCUUGAGGUUGAAAAUCGAAGCCCAAAGCUCAUCUUGGAGGUGGCACAACAUUUGGGGGAGAACACUGUUCGCACCAUUGCCAUGGAUGGUACUGAAGGUCUUAUUCGAGGCCAGGUCUGCAAGGAUACUGGUACUCCCAUCAGAAUUCCAGUGGGACCAAAAACAUUGGGCAGAAUCAUCAAUGUUAUUGGUGAACCCAUUGACGAGCGAGGACCAGUUGGGUCUGACAAGUACUCAGCCAUUCAUCAGGAAGCACCUGACUUCGUAGAAAUGAGUGUGCAACAGGAGAUCCUUGAGACAGGCAUUAAGGUUGUGGAUCUUUUGGCUCCCUAUGCCAAGGGGGGUAAAAUUGGUCUUUUUGGAGGUGCUGGAGUAGGCAAGACUGUGUUGAUCAUGGAACUGAUCAACAACGUAGCUAAGGCUCAUGGUGGUUACUCUGUAUUUGCUGGUGUUGGUGAGCGCACACGUGAAGGCAAUGAUCUGUAUCAUGAGAUGAUUGUCUCCAAAGUUAUCAGUCUCACAGAUGACACAUCAAAGGUGUCACUGGUUUAUGGACAGAUGAACGAACCCCCAGGUGCUCGUGCUCGUGUUGCAUUGACAGGUCUGACAGUUGCAGAGUACUUCCGUGAUGAGGAAGGACAGGAUGUGCUGCUUUUCAUUGACAACAUCUUCAGAUUCACCCAGGCCGGCUCCGAGGUGUCUGCCUUGCUGGGACGUAUCCCCUCUGCUGUGGGUUAUCAACCUACUUUGGCCACUGAUAUGGGUACCAUGCAGGAAAGAAUCACCACAACAAAGAAGGGUUCCAUCACAUCUGUGCAGGCUAUCUAUGUGCCUGCUGAUGACUUGACUGAUCCUGCCCCAGCCACAACUUUCGCCCACUUGGACGCCACCACUGUACUGUCACGUGGUAUUGCUGAGCUUGGCAUCUAUCCUGCUGUGGAUCCCCUGGACUCAAGCUCCCGUAUAUUAGAUCCUAAUAUAGUAGGCGAGGAACACUACAAGACAGCUCGUGCAGUGCAGAAGAUCCUUCAGGACUUCAAAUCCCUGCAGGACAUCAUUGCCAUUCUGGGUAUGGACGAGUUGUCUGAAGAGGACAAACUCACUGUUGCUCGUGCCCGUAAGAUGCAACGUUUCCUUUCCCAGCCAUUCCAGGUUGCUGAAGUUUUCACUGGUUCAGAGGGAAAGUAUGUUGCUCUAAAAGACACUAUCAGAGGAUUCCAGAAGAUUAUUGCAGGUGAGCUGGACCAUUUGCCAGAAGUGGCAUUUUAUAUGGUUGGUGGCAUUGAGGAAGUUGUAGCCAAGGCUGAACGCUUGGCUGCAGAACAGAAAUAGGACACUGUUGACUUAUAGAAAACUUUGUGUGCUGUCAGCUGUGAAUGCCAUCAAAAGGCUUGUCAUCACUUUGCCUCUGAAUGAAUGCAUUGAUUGAACCGUUCUUUGGAAAAAAAACAAGAAAAAGUGUAGAUAUUUGAGACCAGCUAAUAAAUUUGUGUAAGAUUU